AACAAACUUCUUCGUCGUCUCUCUUCUUCUUCCUUCCUUUCUCUGAUUUCUUCACCUUCAAUCUCUAUUUCUUCUAUAUAUCAUAUUAUUUCUGUUACUUUACCCGGAUUUGGUCUAUCACCAUUAUACGCUAUUGCUGCUUCAUCUUCUAUUUUGUUCGAUCCCGAAGACAAAACACAAACUCAUCUUUGUCAGCCAUUGGUGGCCACGAAUUGAGCUUUAUAUUGUUUAUCUCGAAGUGGGUUUUACGGAUUUGGGCAACGCAAUCGAGGAAGGAAACUUCAUCUGCCAACAGUUCCCUCUUGGUGCUCGAGAGAGUGUUUGAUUUCUCGGAAGGCGUUUCUUUCAGUUUGCGUGUUUGUUGAUUGCUUAUUCACUAUCUGAGGCAACCGCUUCUCUCCUCUAGUUAGUGUUUGCUAGGCUCGGACAUUUUGGGAAAAAGACAAAAGUUGAUUCGGCAGAGGAAGAUAAACGCAAAGUUAGAGCAUUAAGGCUUUAAAUCGAUAGGCGCCGGGGGAAUCAUCGGAGUAGUUGAAAUCGAAUCAAGUUUUGAUAGGUCAACCGAUCUAUUGGUGGACUAGAGAGGAACGCAGCUAAAAAUCUGUAUGUUCGAUUCUGCUUCCGAAUUAAGUCACCAUGGCUAGUGGAAGCAGCAUCGGAGUCGGUGUUUUGUUUGAGAACGCAGAGGUGACUACCAGUGGUAGACCAGUGCUUCGACGCAAUGAGGUUGAGUGUUUCCUACUCUCCUCCGUCGAAUUCGAUUCCGAAGAUGAUCCGCCGCGAUUCACCACUUUGAAGUCCGGUAAUCUUAUCCUUACCACUCAUCGUCUCAUUUGGAUCCCUUCUCAAUCAAAUGGAGCUGUUCCUUCUUCGAUUUCUCUCGCCGCCGUUACUCAUAUCUAUUCUCAUAAGAAAUCAAUCAAGUCUAUGUUCCAUUCGCCGAGAAUCCGAUUUCAAGCGGAUCCUGGUGCGAUUGUGGUGACUAUUGUCUUUAGGGGGAAAGGAGAUAUUGAUGGAUUUUUGACGAAAUUCUGGGAAUGUUGGAGAGGCAGAGCAUGGGAAGAGGAGGAGAAGAGCGAAAGUGAGACUUCUCGGUCAGGAUCUGGAACGGUUGCGCAAGGUUUAUACGGAAACGAUGGAACUGUGAGGAUGGUGGGAUUGGCUGGGAUAUUGAGGAAAGAGCAAGAACAGUGGGAGAGCACAGACAAGAGUUUGCAAGAUGCUUUUCAGGAUUUGAAUGCUCUUAUGAGUAAGGCUAAAGAGAUGGUGAGCCUGGCAGAAAAAAUGCGGCAAAAGCUCUUGUCUGCUCCUAGUAGUCAGAAUGGUUCAACUGAUGAUGAAGAAAUGGGUUCCAAAGAAGAAAUGCAACAGUGGAUGUUGAGCGUUGGUAUUAUCUCUCCAGUUACAAAGGAAUCUGCUGGUGCCUUGUACCAUCAAGAAUUGUCCCGCCAGUUGGCAGAUUUUGUCAGAAUCCCAUUAGAACAAGCUGGGGGAAUGAUCAGUCUUACUGAUAUGUAUUACCACUUCAAUCGUGCUCGUGGGACAGAGUUGAUCUCUCCAGAUGAUUUGUGGCAAGCUUGUACCCUGUGGGAGAAAUUUGAUGUUCCAGUAAUGCUGCGGAAAUUUGAUAGCGGUGUGAUGGUCAUCCAAAACAAGUCCCAUAGCGAUGAGGAGGUGAUGAGUAGAAUCAGAAUGCUUGUGACCAAAACUGAAACUUUAAGAGCCGGAGUCACUGCUAGUGAUGCAGCUUUGACGCUCAAGAUCGCUCCAGCCAUGGCUAAGGAACAUCUACUAACUGCAGAGACCAAAGGUUUGCUGUGUAGAGACAUGAGCCCAGAUGGGCUUCGAUUCUAUUUCAACCUGUUUCCUGAGAUCGAUCCCACCAGUCAACAUAUAGCCAAGGACUUUGGGACGUACGGUGUAUGGGUCAAGGCGACCAGUAUGUUGUCCGUAUGACAAGUUUUUGCUGUAGACUAUUUGUAAGAACACAUACAAAAGUAUAAAUCUUAUGCAUUUUGACCCCAAAAUGCCAAUAACUCAUUUAUUUUUUAGUGGGCUAUGGUGUGUGUAAACCAGAACUGGAAAUAUUUCGGUUUGAUUUUGUAACAAAAUGUGUAAAAGAAAAUUGAGAAAAUUUUGGUUUGAUGCA